UUAACCAAAAAACUACUCUUUUUAUUGUUUACCUCGAAGAACAAAUUAUCAGUGUUUCAGUUUACAUCCCUUGGCAGCCCGAGGUUAUAGGUGAAAUUGGAAACUUCCAAAAGGAUGAUAAAAAAUGCUUUGUCAAGGCUACAAAUAAAGCCAAAGAAGCAGAAGAAAAAUUGCGAAGUGAUAACCCUAUUCUGGGAGCAAGUAGUAUUCCUAAAUUAAAUAUUUCUUAUUAUGAUGACUACGAUAGUAGUAUUUUUCCUGCUUUUUAUGGAUCAUAUGACUCAAAUAGGGAAGGAACAAGGCACGCCGGUAUAUAUUUAGGUAAUAGACAAGUUUGUCAUCUUUUUGUGGUUGACCGUGCUACAAAGAAAUUUGAAAUUAUGAUUGAAGAUUGGAAUGAACUUUUUGAGUUAUUUGAGGAACCUGGCAAGGUCGAUAAAAUAAUUCGUUAUCAUCCAGUAAUUGCUUUUAAACAUGAAGACAAGGUAAUUGAACAUAUUGCCAAAAGUAUUACAAAAACCGAUGGCUAUUAUUCUCGCCAAUUUAAAACACCUUCUACUUCUUUCGAAUAUGACACUAAGUAUGACAAAUAUAACAAUAAUUGCGAGCAUAUGGUAAAUAAGUGCGUGCUAGGUCUCGACUUUUCUGAUUAUGCCGAAAAGUUGACAGGAAAUCGUAAUAGGGAGUUUGAUGCCUCAAAGGAAAAAAUUGACAAUGUUAGUGAAGAGUUUGACAGAAAAUAUAAUUACAAAGGCAGUAUAAGUGAAAUAAGAGAAUAUGGAGAACGAGCCUUUGAUGUUAACCGAGACGGAUAUAAUAUGUAUAAUGAAUGCAUCGAAGUUCAACCUAAAACAACUAUAUUUAAGGAUAUGAAAGAAAACUAUGUCUGCGAUGCUUGUUGUCAGAAAAAAAGUUAUAAUAUAUCUUUUCUUAUUGGUGUUCGUGAUUUCAUUCAUGAAACCGAUAUCGCUCUCAAAGGGGUUCGUGGACUAAUUACUAAACUCCCUAAAUUUUACGAUAAACUUAAAGAAGUUGAGAAAUCGCUAAUUUUAACGGAUGAAGAAAAGAGAGCAGAAGAGAAAAAUCACUCGUUUAGAAUUAAUUAUUUACGGGAAAAAAAUGAUGGUUGA